UGUCAAGAAUGAGUAUGAUAAAAUAGCUCGACCAAUGAGAGAUCAAUCGAAUGCAACAUCCGUUCACGUUUCGCUUAACAUUUUUGUGAUUUAUGACGUAGACGAGGUGACACAAACACUAAAGGUGUCAGGAUCUCUUCUUCUAAAUUGGGUGGAUGAAAAUCUCAUGUGGGAACCGGAUGAUUUCGGCGGAAUAACCACCGGUGUGUAUCCACAAGAGUACGUCUGGAAGCCUGGAAUUGCACUGAAAAACACGAUUGAUGAUUUCAAAACACUUGGGGAUCCAACGCUGAAUGUCAUCGUUUCCAAUCAAGGGAUCGUCACGUGGGAACCAUUUCAUACGUUAUUUCAAACAAACGAAUAUGACGUCAUAUCGAGGCCAAUGAUGGACCAAUCCAUAGCGACAAUUGUCCAUGUGUCUCUUCUGAUCUACGUCAUAUAUGACGUCGAUGAGGUGAUGCAGACGUUGAAGGUCUCUGCGUCUUUACGACUAAGCUGGCGUGACGAACAUUUGGUCUGGAACCCGAGCGACUAUGACGGCAUACAGACGGGCGUCUACCCACAGAACAGCGUCUGGAAACCGGAUGUGUCUGUCAAGAACUCUGUUGAUGAUUUCAAGACGCUGGGAGACCAGACACUCAAUGUGAUCGUCACGUCCGAUGGGAUUGUCACGUGGGAACCCUACCAGAUAUUCACCUCCCGAUGCAAUUUUGACAUCACGUAUUUUCCGUUCGACAGGCAGGCCUGUAAAAUGAUAUUCGUGACAUGGGGAUACAUGGCGUCUGAAAUCCGCAUUUGGGGACCAGAUACAGGGCCGGCGGCACACUUAGAAGAUAUUUUACAUAACCCCGAGUGGGAUCUAGUUGGCGUCAGGACCCGAAACUUGACAGAGCCGCGCCCCAUGAUGAUUUUUGACGUGCAUCUGAAGCGCAAACCAAGAUACGUUGUUCACAACAUUAUCCUGCCGCUAAUCGUUCUUAUAACGUUGAACGACUGUGUGUUUCUGUUACCGGAACGAAGUGGCGAGAAAACCGGAUACGCAGUAACCGUGUUUCUCUCCUUUAUGGUGUUUGCGACGAUCGUUCAGGCGACCCUUCCGGCUAAUUCAGAAAACGUAUGCUACCUAUCUGUGUUUGUCACCCUACAAAUAGUUGAAAGCGCUGUCAUAACGAUAGUUUCCAUCUGCCUUGUCCGAAUCGAGGGUCGCCGCGACAGCGUACCGGAAUGGUUAUCGUCGCUUAUCACGUGCUCCACGUGCAUGAAAUGCAUCAAGUCAGUCCAGCGCUCCUCGAAUAUCACGAAGGGUGACGGCGAUCGAUUUCCGGAGCAAGGAAAGUGCGACAAAACCACGGUGGAGUCGGUCUAUAAAGACGAAUGUCAAGAUAAUGGAGACGGUAUUGGCAAAGAACGGGUAGAAGCGGAAAUUCUUGACUGGGGCAAAGUUUCCUUGCGGCUUAACUGGUUUUUCUUUGCUUUGAUCUUCACUUCUGAGCUCAACCAUGAGCUGAUCAUAGAUGCCAAAUUGGCGCCGUCUCCCGGAAUGCAGCCAUGGUCUUCUCCAGAUAUUACGUGCUCUGGCUCCUCUUCUCCACCUUAG